AUGCCAACGCUCAAAACAAUUACCAAGUUUGCAGGACUAAAGCAAGAGUUUCGGUCUAGCAAUGAUAAAGUCAAUAGCAACAUUCUGAUUCUACUUCAUGGAUUGGGAGAUACUGCAGCCAACUUUGUGCAGUUUGGAGUCAAGAUGCAGUUGCCGCAGACAGCCAUCUGUGCAAUCGCAGGGCCUUCCAAUAUCCCUUACUAUGAUCAAGUCCUAGAAAGUAUACAGUUGGCACGAUCAUCUUUUCUAAUUGUCAUUGGAGUAACAGAUCUAGACAGCGGAUGCAAGCAAUUGCGAAAAGGCAUCCAGUCUACACGAUCUUUGAUAUGCUCCUUUUUGACGGAAUGUGUGAUUGCAUCCAAGGAGCAUCCAGAUGGAUGGCCUGCAGAGCGAGUGUUUCUAUUGGGAUUUUCUCAGGGUGGCAUAAUGGCAUUGGAUGUAGCCUUGAUGGGCUCUUGGCCGGAUACAUACACUUCUGAGAUGCCACGAGCUCUGGAGCUGGGUGGUGUUGUGAGCAUUAGUGGGUGGAUUGAUAUGGAUAGAUACGAUUCAUCCAACACCAGUAUCAAUGGGAGAGUUGUCAAAAAAACAUCAGUGCUGGUGACACAGGGCAUAAGUGACGGUGCAUUUGACAUGAAGUUAUUUGAAUCCAAGAAAUCGGUAUUGCGUAGGUUUGUAGAAACGGAGGAUCAACUUCAAGUUGGUGUGAUAGCGGGAAAAGGACAUACAAUGCCUCAAUCUCAGGUACGCUAUGAUAUCUGUCAUUGA